UGAAACUAGUAAUCCUGGCAGAUGAUAAACGAUUAAAUACAUUUUUUAAAGCAUAUUUAUGUGUUUGAAUCAUAGACUGUAUAUAAAUAUUUGAAUCUGAAUUUGAAUUUGAAUUUGAAUCCCCAUUUAACAUUUUUUAUUCUCUGGCGACACCCAACACCGUCUGAGGAAACUGCAACUGUGAUCCAACUUGUUGCAUUCUGAGCUGUUUGCUUCUUUUAAGCAACUUUGCAGAAGCAGUGCGCGGAGCGAGUCCGACCCAUGAACCAGCUGCCUGUAUUGAGACAUAUCUCAGCACCCCACCAUACCCUCCGGGACUGCUCCGACAGUCUGGGACUUUUAUGGACUGCCACAGCAACGUCAGGCACUGCGCGUCACCGUGAAGAUGGCGGAGGCUGCGGACACACCACAACACCGGUUUUUCUGUCACUGCUGUAAAUGUGAAACAAACCCCAAACUCCCGGAUUUCAUCUGCUCCAGAUGUGAUUCUGACUUCAUUGAAGAGGUGACAGAAGACUCCAGUCUUCUGCAGAACAGCACAUCAGCAGCCAGCGACAAUUCCGACUCGUUGUUCUCAGAGUUAUGGCAGCUGCUGUUUAUGGAGCGCUCUGCUCUGCUGUCGCAUCCGCCCUCAUCAGAGUCCGACCCGGAUGACAGCGAGCAGGUAUCUGCAGGUCAGAGCCUUCCAUCUCCAGUGUCUCCAGGAGCUGUCGAGGCCCGAGAACCAGAGCCUCCUUCCCAGCCUGAACAAGAGACGACAUCCAGGCCUGAACAAAGGCCCGCAGUGGAAGGGAUCGUGCAGCAGUUCUUGGCCGGCCUGUUUGCCAACAAUGGAAACCCCGGUGCUGCACCAGCUGCACUAUCCAACAUGCUACAGUUGCACUCAAACCCUGGAGAUUAUGCGUGGGGUCAGGGAGGCCUGGAUGCUGUCAUCACAGAGCUGUUAGGACAGUUGGAGAGCACAGGUCCGCCUCCUGCUGAAAAGGACAUGAUCUCAUCCCUGCCAACAGUUUGCAUCUCUCAAGAACAGACAGACUGCAGACUGGAGUGUCCAGUUUGUAGGGAGGAGUAUGCAUCAGGGGAAUCUGUCAGGAAGCUACCCUGCCUACAUUACUUCCACAGUGAAUGUAUAGUUCCUUGGCUGGAGCUGCACGAUACCUGCCCAGUGUGCCGAAAAAGCCUUGACGGAGUCGACAACAGCCUCCCGCCCACAUCAGAACCCCCAGAAGCCCACUCCAUCAGGACAGAACAACAGGAGAGGCAGGCGAUCUGAGGAACCUCCAAACAACUCUACCUCCUUCACUGUUUUCAAGAGACACGCUGCUCGCCUCAGCCCGCUCCCUCUUCACCGACUGCUUAUGAAUAAAAUACAUUACAUGCAUCACAGUCAUAA